AUUUAGACAAUUUAGAAAUAACAUACUCAAAUAAUCGCAAUCAUGGCCCCAGGAAUGCUUUACGUGACUAUGAAGCCGGCAGAGUCGCUGUCGGCCGAUCAAUUCCAUGAUUGGUACAACAAUGAACACGGCCCUAUGCGUCUACGGCUCCCAUUCAUCAAGAAUGGCUUCCGGUAUCGUGCAACAGACCAGGCAAAAGACCUCCCUGAAUGGCUCGCCAUCUACGAUAUCGCCGACAUGGCAGAGAUGGUCAAACAGCCAUACAUCGGCCUCCGCCUCCCCCCCAUCCAAAGCCAGCGCGAAAGAGACACCAUGAAACAAAUCACUGUCGGCAGGAAGUUCUUCGAUCUCCUCGACAGCCGUCAAUCAAAUGCAUUCACCCCUCUCGAAGACGUCUCCGCCGAAGGACAAAACCGAAUCCUCAUCUCCACCACCCAGACCGCGAAACCCAGCGACGACUUAUUCACCUCCGCCUCAACCACCCCCGGCUGGCUACGCACCAGGCUAUACCAAACAGCAUCAAUCGAGGACAAGGAAAUCGAAUACCUCAUUCUCCACGACUAUUCCCCUGACAGCAAUCCAACCGGAUCAAGGCGCUACGACCUCUUCUAUACCAUCGGCCCCGCCCAGCGAGACCUCUCCCACAUCCAGACUCCCAUCGUGUCCACCGACAGCAAGAUCAGAGAAUUCCCUGCCACAGACUCGCAAACCUCCGCGAUCGAAUCAUACAUCACGACCAGAGAUGGUGUCGCCCUCCCAUAUCGCCUAGAAGGCUCUUCCGACCCCCAGGCCCCUCUCAUCGUCCUCAGCAAUUCCAUCCUUGUGGACUACCACAUCUGGGACGGCUUCGUGGCCGCUUUCCUCGCAGAAAACAAAAAAUACCGUAUCGUCCGCUACCUCACGCGUGGCCGUCUGGACGCCUGCGGUGAUCAGCCCAUCACCGUCGACCUCCUCGCCUCAGACAUUAUCGACGUCCUCGAUGCCCUCCGCGUGCCAAAGGCAGAGGCCGUCAUCGGCGUAUCCCUCGGCGGCGCAACGACGCUGAACGUCGCGCUCAACCACCCCAGCAGAGUCGCCUCAAUCAUUUCCUGCGACACCAGCGCAAAGAGUCCAGCCGGAAAUAGCAAGGCAUGGGGAGAGCGCAUCGAUCUGGCGCGGGCAGAAAACGCUGGAGGCGUCGUUGGCCAAAACCUAGCCGAAAUCACCACCCGACGCUGGUUUGUCGCGGAGAACUACCAACAAUUGGCAGAAACCUUCGAGUCCGUCAAGCAGAUGGUCGCGAGCAACAGCCUCAUCGGAUUCGAAAAGAGCGUGCAGGCCCUAUACAACUACGAUAUGACACCCCUCCUAGAAAAGAACACGGUCCGAGCCGCAUUCUUCGUAGGUGGACAGGACGGCGCACUUCCAGCAAGCAUGAAGAAUCUGGCCUCUUCAGUUGGAGAGUUUGUAGAGAUUGAGGGCGCUGGACAUCUACCCAUGGUAGAACGACCAACACAAUUCGCAAAGGAGGUUUCAAAGUUUUUAGAUAGGCAUUAAAUAAUUGUAGAAAGACCAGCACAGCAAAUAUAUCAUAGAAAAGC